GUGAGCUGUCAUUUUAGCGCGAAAACAGAAGCGGUAGGAUUGCUGGGUGCCAGACAGGAGUAGCCCAUGGAUGGAAAGAACCCUUGGAUUAAUCCUGCCCUGUUUUAUGUGAUUGUAAUCCAUGUCCGAUUCCGAGUAGAUUUAGAGUAGGCCUAGCUAUUCGAUUCAGAGUAGAUUUCUACACUCGGAUUCUAGUCUUCUGCGUUAUUUAGUCCAGUGGUCCUCAAACCUAGACAUUUCGCAAUUGUAUUGUAGCCCUGAACUAACUCACCUGGUUCACAUAGUCAAGGGUUUGAUGUUUUGUUGACAAUUUAAAACUGGUGUGCUAGUUGUGGAAUAGUUCAAAUGUCUGGGAGUCCCUGAGGAGAACCCCUUAUUUAGUCCACCAGACAGGUGGUUGUUUCCUCCUUCAAAAUAAAAACGAUUCCAUUUUUAAUGCAACAGUUUUUAUCCCCCUUUCCCUUUUUGUGCAUUUUAUUUCCGUCAAUGGAAAUGUAUCUCUGACAUUGCACUUUAAAUACAUUUGAAAUUAUGUUUAUUUAGGCCUAAGUAAAAUGACCAAAAGUGCUAGGCAUAGACUAGAAACCAAGAUUAGCCUACACGUUUACUGUGGGGUUUACAGUAAGCCAUUUAUUUUAUAAAACGUUCUAAUGCCACGUUGAAAUCAAGUUGGAAACUCUGAACCUCCGAGCUAAAAUGAAGGUAAAUUAUUUGCAUAGAGCUUCCUAAUGGUUUAUUCUGAUACUUCCCAAAUCAGAAACUCCAGGCAGUCCUAUCAGAGUUUCGGACAUGAAGUGAAUGACCCCCGGUAUAAUCAGUCAUGUGCAUAUUGCUGUGUUUUAAAACAACUGGGAACUCGGGAAUCUCCAACUUCAGUGCGUUCAAGACAAAUGGGAACUCGGAAAAAAUGAAGCACGGACUUUGAAUGGUCAUCCAAUUCAGAAUUGCAAGUCAUAAACUCGGUCAUGUUGCCACUUGCAAAACAAUUGGGAACUCGGAAAAAUACGAGGUCAAAUCGUGACACCAGUGAUCUUCAGGUCAGAUAAUCGGGACUCUAGAAAGAGGCCCGAGUUCCCAAAUUGUAAUUCCGAGUUGGAUGACGGUUCAAAUCUAUUUUUCCCAGUCGUAUUUAUCCGAGUUCCCAGUUGUUUUGAACGCGGCACAAGAGUCUCAAAAUACAUUUUUGUAAUUGAAAUGUAGGCCUAGCCUAUACCAUUCCAGGACGCUAAAUGUAGGCUUAUUUUGUUUAUUGAAUUAUACAAUAUUCAAAUAUAUAGCCUACACUAAACUAUAAUACAUGUAAAGCUAAAAGAUCAUGUAGGUUUUUUUUCAUUGAUACUGCCCCGUUGUUGCAGUUGUUGCUAAACUUAUUUUUCAGCUCUAGUGUACGUGUUACUUCCGUGUUUAUACCUUGAUACACCUGUGUUAUAACUGCAGUAGAUUGGCUACUGAAGCCACCUGUUGCGUUCUAUUGCUAUUAGCCUAGUAGGCUAUUUGACGUGCCAUGAGCGCGGAGCCAGAAUCAUGUGGUUUGACACCUGUGUCUUUGCGAGACGACCCAGACACUGGAGUGGAAGUUCGAGAAAGUUCGGGAGACUUUAAUAUGGAUUUACAACAGCAGAUUUUCUUCUCCUUGGAUGUACACCAACAUGAAACUCUGUCAGCUAAAGUCGUCUCCAGGUUGUCUAGAAAGGCUGCCUCUACAUCAGUGGUGACCACCUCCGACUCAGAAUCCGGAAAAUUCUCAGGUGAAUCGGAACUUUGCAUGGAACAUGAAUCAGACCUGGACUGGUUCUGCAGCUCCGAGCAGAAACUUAUAUGCUUGCACUGCACCAUAGUGGGAUCCUGCCAGAGCCACACAGUGACACCCCUGGUCAGCAGAGUGACAGGCAUUAGGAACCAACUGGUUAACAUAUGUGAGAAAAUGCAGCUGCAGGCCCAGCGUAUGGAGCGCUUUAUCAACCAGACCCUGACUGCCAAAGAGCGGGCACUGCAGGUAGAGGCGAGCGGGGCUCGGGAGCAAGUGGUGGCCCAGGUCAAUGUGGUGAGGGAGGCGGUGGAGGAGGAGGAACAGCGGCUGCUGGAAGCGGUGCAGAGGGAGGAGGAGAGGGUGGAGCAGUGCCUUCUCACCCAGAGAGCCCACUGGGGCCAGGCCCUGGCUAUGCUCACACAGACGCGCACACGUCUGGUGCACACCCUCACAAACACACCGGACAUACAGCUGGCAACCUCUGGCCAGGAAAUAGCUGAGAGGAUUGAGGAGGCAGAGGGGGUGGGUGAGCCUCAUGACACCGACCAUCUCAACCUGAACGCCAGCUGUAGUGACAGCAAACUCAUGAGGGGCCUGUGGGCCAGCGCCAUACUGCUGGGACCAACUGCUUAUGGUUCAGCAAAUCUGACAUUUGACGAGCGCACUGUCAGCUCCGCACUUUCCCUCUCAGAAGACCUUUCCACUCUGACCUUCCUGCCUAAGUGGUCACGCCAGUCCCCGCCCUACAACCCAGCGCGCUUCGACUGCUGGCCCAAUGCGCUGGGCACCCUGGCCAUCUCCUCCGGCACCCACAGCUGGGUGAUUGACAUGGGUGAGAGCGGGGCCUUCAAGGUGGGGGUAUGCUACUCCAGCAUGGGGCGCAAGGGCUCGGGCAACGACUCCCGACUGGGCUACAACAUCCAGUCCUGGGUGCUCUCCAAAUACAAUGGGGACUUCUCCUUCUGCCAUGCGGGGAAGAACACACCCCUGCAUGUGGUCCACAAGCCCAAGAGUCUAGGGCUACUCCUGGACUGGCCUAGUCAGACCCUGAUAUUUUAUGACCCAGACUCCAGUGCUGUGUUGCACUCGGUCAGACACGCCUUUAGUGGCCCGCUGCUGCCAGCAUUUGCUGUGGCUGACCGCAGUGUCAGUAUACUGCACUGACCUCUGAAGUACUGUAACUGAAGUGUCAAUGAUAUAGAAUUACGGGUAACACUUUCAUAAGGCAUAUCAUAUGAGUUGAUAAUAUAACAGUGAAAGGGCUCAUUAAUGCUUACAACAAGUAGUACGACAUUACACCUGCUGAUAAAAUGAUACUGAAUUACUUAUAAUAUUUGUACAUCCUACUAAUAGUAUUCUAUCAAAGCUUCACAAUUUAUUUGAAUGUAAUCAAAUUGGCCAAAUUUAGGCCCCUAUGUCUCUCUGCAUUGAAGAGGUAUGCAGAAGGUUUUUUGAUGGGAGAUAUAUUUCUAAUUUAUUCUUUGUUUAUUUUAAUCUGAAGUAAUGAAUCUGUAGAGAUUUCUGUAUGAGUCUCUUGAUCAAAUUAUACAGUAGUCCUAAUGAGUCAUACUGUAGUCAUUUUAGAUAUAGGAGUAUGCUAUUUAUAUUUCUGUUAUUAUAUGUUAAUUUACUGUAAGUUAAGUGACUGUUUGAUACCUUUUCUAUCUUUUAAAACCGACACCUGUCUGAAGGAAUGGUUGAUCCAUACGCAUACAAAUAUUUGUUAAUUGUCUGAUAUGCAAUGUAUGUCUCUAUUGAAACUCACAUCCUACUUUCCAUCCAUCCGUCAGUGGGAAGAAAAUGAAUGAAACUCAAUGCAAGACAUAGUCUAAAAACAGCAGGGGGCAAUGUAGUGUCAUAGUGAUGCGAAGGUUGACUUGUAACCCGCAAUCCCUGCGGUUAAAGGGUUGAAUAAAGAGAAAACAAUACCUUACAAAAAAUCCAUAAA